UGGUAAGUCGCAAUGAUCUCACGCGCAUUUUUUGUUAUACUAUCCAUACUAAAUGCGGUCCUAUGUGAUAGGGCCUGCUAUUGGAACGCCGAAUGUCCAUUUCAAUUGUAUUCAACGAAAACACCUUAUGAUACUGUUCGUGGGGACAUCAGGGAUCAUGAGCUGCCAAACAAUUGUCAAGCCGUCAGCAUUUGGACUCUAAACAGACACGGAAACCGUAACCCUGGCUCCAGCGUCACUGAAAGCAUCAAGGUUAUUGCCGGCCUCAAGGAUGAAAUAAUACAGAGCUACGAAGCUGGAAGAGGUCAAUUGUGUGCCCAGGACAUCGAAAAUUUCCGAAGAUGGUCUUGGAAUGAAACUCUGGAGACAUCAGCGUCCUUCCUCACGGGCACUGGAUACGAGGAACUUUACAACAUUGCCAAGAGACUUCGAGAAAGAUACCCUCACCUACUGCAGGGGUCUGAAGAUACGUUUUAUCUGAGAACAACAAAUGAACAGAGAACUGUCACCAGUUCUAUGGCCUUCGUUCAUGGACUCACUGAGGAUAGUAAUCUGACGUUGACUGUUGAUGGACCUUUUGAACGCGAUGAUUUGAUAAGGCCGUAUGAAAAUUGUGACAAAUACCAACAAGAUGUAAAGACCAGCCAAGAGCUCCAAGAUCAAAUAGAUGCUUAUUUGAGUACAAAUGAAUACUUGGCGGUCCAGAACAGAGUUCAAGCACGUCUAGGGAUCACCACUCAAUUAUCUGCCGAAGAUAUAUACUCCAUCUACGAGAUCUGCCGGUUUUACCGUUCCUGGACUGAAACCCUGCAGUCUCCUUGGUGUGCCGCCUUCACCAAUGAGGAUCUGGUCGUCUUAGAAUACAGAGACGAUGUCAGGCAUUACUAUAGGAAUGGAUAUGGGUCUUGGGUGAACGUCAAUCUCGGAAGCACUGUCGUCAAGAAUCUUUACGACAAUUUCGCGGCCGUCGUCAACGGAACUGGUCUCUCUUGGGUCUCCUACUUCACGCACGAUACUAUGCUCGAGAUGGCUUACUGCGCUUUGGGGCUGUACAAAGAUGACUUCGUCCUAGAAGGGAAUUACAGGAACCCCAAUAGGAAGUGGCAGACUAGCAAUAUUGCUUGCUUCUCCGUCAAUAUCGUUGCCGUGUUGAACAGAUGUCAAGAAUCCGGUUCACAGACGCAUCGGGUCCAAUUCUUCGUGAACGAGAAGGUCAGUGACCUCUGUCCCUUCGAAGGUUGCACCUGGCAGGAGUUCCAGGAACGGUACUCCUCUUUCAGUGAUACGGACCUGAGUUUCUGCAGUCUGGAUUACCGGGGUCCCGACUUGGAUGGAGGAGCGGCAUUGGCAGGACUUAGUCUGAUGACAGCGAUAGCUCAGAUUGUUUUAAUAACUAUGUUUAGAUGAUGGUCAAUAUGAAUUAUUGUUGAGUAACGUUUUUUUGUAAGUAUUGGAAUAAUAUAAGAGUUAUAUAGAAUGGUAGAUGAAUGAAGACGUCCAAUCCAUUGUGCCAUCAACGUUUCGCUUUAAAAGUCACAUUUAUUAGAUUCUCAGUUUUAUGACAUUUUUACAACUUGAAAAUCUUGUAUUACAGCUUAAGAGUGUUCACUUAAUAUAAAUAAUGCAGUUUCAAGUACAGUUUCUAUUGUUUUAAUAUUAUUCAGAAUUUAAUAGUUUAUUUUGAUGUUUGAAAUAUGUAUUUUAUUUGGAGACAAUUGUGUGAAUUUUAUGACUGAUGUAGUAAGUAGAUGAUUGUUGAUGUAAAAUUUUAUGUUACUUAAGUAUUAGCAAGAAAUAAUUAUUAACAUAAGUAUCGUUUUGUAAAUAAAUAUCAAGCAUAUGUAGUAACUACAUAUAUUUGAACGAAAUAUUUGUUUAUUUGGUACACCAUGCAAAGAACACAAAAU